GGCGGAGGUGGAGGAGGAAGUUCGCUCAGCAGAGCCCGAAAACAUGUUCCGCUCACUACGUUCAAGUCUCGUGAACUGGGCUGCAGCGGCAGGAGGAGCUCGGGGUCACAAGUGUGUGUGUUUAUGCGCGUGGGGGGGAAGGAAGGACCGCAGCGUGACGCGCGCGUCGCGAGGCGUGGCGUGGCGUGCGCAGUGAGGACGGCCCCUCUCGCGCUCGGCUCUCCGCGUGACGUCAGAGCCGCUCGCGCUCCGCAGCUGCGAGGCGAACAUGGCGCCGUCCCACGUCCUCAGAUGCUGUCAGCGGGUUCUGUCCUGGAUCCCCGUCUUCUUCAUCGCCAUGGUCGUGUGCUGGUCCUACUACGCGUACGUCGUGGAGCUCUGCAUCUUUACAAUUCCCAACGUUGGAGAACAAAUCGUCUACCUGAUUGUGUUCCACCUGUCCUUCUUCAUGUUCGUGUGGUCCUACUGGAGAACCAUCUUCACGAAGCCCGUGAGCCCAUCCAAGGAGUUCUCCCUGCCUAAAGCGGACAAGGAGCAGUACGAGCGGGAGGAGCGGCCGGAGGCGCAGCAGGAGAUCCUGAAGAGAGUGGCCAAGGAGCUCCCGGUGUACACGCGCACCGGCACGGGGGGCAUCCGCUACUGCGACAGGUGUCAGGUGAUCAAGCCGGACAGGUGUCACCACUGCUCUGCCUGCGAUACGUGCGUCUUGAAGAUGGAUCACCAUUGUCCCUGGGUGAACAACUGCGUGGGCUUCUCCAACUACAAGUUCUUCAUCCUCUUCCUGGCCUAUGCGCUGCUCUACUGCCUGUUCAUCGCCUCCACGGUGCUGCAGUACUUCAUCAAGUUCUGGACACUCUGCCGAAGGAAGUCCUCUGAGCACUGUCCAAAGAACGAGCUGCCCGACACUCACGCCAAAUUCCAUGUCUUAUUUCUCUUUUUUGUGGCGGCCAUGUUUUGCAUCAGCAUUCUGUCCCUGUUCAGCUACCACCUGUGGCUGGUUGGGAAGAACAGGUCCACCAUAGAGGCCUUCAGGGCGCCUGUCUUCACCAAUGGGCCGGAUAAAAAUGGCUUCUCCCUGGGAUUCAAGAAGAAUGUCACACAGGUGUUCGGGGACCAGGGCAGAUUAUGGCCUCUUCCUUUUUUUACCAGUUUGGGAGACGGAUACACGUUUCCCGCCCGACUGGUGAGCGCUGACCCGGAGCGGGCCACAGUCAUCCUGGAGACCGGCGCCAAUGCGAGGGCCGUGGAUGGACAGACCAACCUGCUCGGCGACACUCGGAACCACCUCCUUGGCAAUCACGUCAGCGCGAACCACCUCGACUCCAAUGGAGUGCAGAAGGGUGGUGACGAUUCUGUCACAGUUUCCUUGGAGAGGGACUCGUAGCCAGGGCCGCCGGGAGCGGGGCGGGGAAGCCUGCCACUGUCCCCCCAUCCUUGCGCGCGACCGCUGUUGCGACCUGCCGAGACACAGCCGUCCAAUCGAAUGCCUUAAACGAGUCCCUGCAGCAGUUUUCCCGUCGCCAUGGAAACAUCAUCCCAGCAUUGGCACCGCGAAAGCUCUUUGACCUCCACAUGCAUACAGACACUCUCUUCCUCUUUAUGUCACCUGUGAUUUUUAAAAUUGUUCUUUUUAUUAUAAGAUCUAGCUGCAACAUUUACUGUAACGUAAUGACCCCACGGGAAAAAGGCACAGUCCUGCGACACAGCUGCUCCACCAUGGAUCCGUUCGCUGCUGUCGGAGCAGCAAACAGAGUAAUUCCACAGCUGCUAAAGGCAGCUCUAUGAGCUCCUGGACUCUGGCCACCGCUUCAGCUGCGGGUUCCAUCAAGCCGCUGUACUGUUCCUGCUCCUCGUCCCCAAAGUGUUAAAAGAUGAGAUGCGCCGCUCAUCUGUGUCGUUAGGCAAAGCGGCUUGACGGACACUUCCUCUUCCUGUCGGCAGCUUGUCCCGGCGGAGGCGCGGAGCUCUGCUCCUCCGUAUAGACGAGCGCCGCUGUCGGAGGCGCCGAAGCAGACAGAAUGCACCCGAAGCACCCGAUGAACAAUUUUGCCAAAAAAGGCGACGGUAGGCUGAGCCGCAGGGACAGGGACCGGUAGCGAGUUCCGCUGUGACCGCUGCACUGCUCCCUGCGUCGCGACGGAGGGCUGAGCGAAGCGCCUCUAACUAGUCCCCGUUCCUAAGGUGGGUUUUGGCGCAGGUCCGUCCGUCCCCGCGAGCGGCUGUAGUGCCAGGGAGGGGGGGAGCCCCCCACCCCCAACCUCCUCGAGCUCGUUCGGAGUGUCGCGCUCAUGAAGGCGGCCCUCCAGCGGAAGUCGCACAGGUCUUAAAGGGACACCUCUUUCAGUGUUGAUUUGGAGCCCACCCCCACCCCCACCGGUCGCCGAAGCAGCCCGGCCGUACCAGGCUCGGCUCCGAAACACUAGACGGCGACUCCGGGUGCGUUGAGACGCUGUCCGUCCCGAUGGUUCCCGUUUACGUCGCGUACCCCGGGAAACGCCCAGCUGCCGAGUUGCCCCACGGAGGAGCGGAGGGAAACUUCUGCGCCGCGACUCUUUUUCCGUUGUGCGCGUUCGCUACGUUCCUCGUUCGGACGCGAGCCUCGCCUUCGGUGCUCGCCGACCCGGGAGCCCCGGGAACGCGCGGCGCUUGUCCAACCGGAGGCCGAGCCGGAGCCCGUGAGAGGCCCUGCCGGGAGCGGCGCGUGCAGAGCGCGCGGGCGACCGCUAGGUGGACCGAGAGGCUUUGUUCCCGUCCCCCAAGUGCAUUACUGGUGCUGAACGUCUAAAGUUCAAAUUUCAGGUGUUUUCUCUGUUUCCACCGUGUGGCACCAGCCGCAUUUACACCCGACUUACAGUUCAUGCGUAAACGGUAUAAGGGAAAUUGAUGUGUCUGCGCUCGGCUCGAAUCUGAGCCCGCGGAGCCGCGGUGGCCUCGGUGAACGUGGUCGGGACCUGGCCGCAGUUCGGCGUUCAGGGAGGAAACCUUGGACCCCGGCCUCUGUUUCCUUGCGCUCGACAACGCAACGCGCCGCUGCAUGUGCAGUUAACCGCUUGGGCCGCGUCCCGCACGUCGCUUCUCUCUGGCAGCGAGCAGGAGAUGAGGACAGAGGAGGAGCUGCGCUCUGCGCCCCCCGCCCUCUCGUCGAGUCCCCGAAGCACUCUGGCGCCGCGCUCGAGCCGCUUUUGUUCUUUCGGCCAAACGGCUUUGGGAGAGCGCCAGCAUAUAACAUUUUUAACGUGUUUUACUUGUACGUUUUAUACACGGCUAAUGCAGAGGGAGAAGUUCCGCUUGAGAAAACACUACUUUUUUAAAAGAUUUCUCGGGGUUGGGUUUCUACUGCAAAGGGCCGCUUUGCCUUGCGGCUAAAAUUGCGGCCCAGCUUUCUAACGCGGUGUUUCGCUGGUGAAAAGUGUGUUACCCAAGUGUAACUAAAGCCAUAAUGCUGUGAAACGGAUACGUUCGAUCCAUUUUAUAGCGUGCUCUGUAAAUCCCUGCUCUUUGUCCCACUGGAUGCCUGCUUUGCAUGUACAGCGUAAAAUGUGUAGGUAUUCAGUUUCCUCUUAUUGCCGCACUAACCUUAUUUUUUUAAAUACACGUGGACGCGUCACAAGACUCGGCGUGAUUUGUGUCAUUUUGGCCGUAAUCUUCCCCUAAAUGUUAUGCCAACCCCACGUGAGAAGUUGGGUAAAUCAGUUCCAUA